AUGCCGUGUUCGCUCGUCGUCUCAGAGUCCAGCAGGCCUACCACUCUCACCACAUGGAUGUUUUUGCAGAUGCCUAAGAGCCUUGAGGCCGAUAUGGCUCGGGAUGAGGUGGGUUAUGACAAGAAACAUCCACAAGCAGCUAAGCAGGAGCUCAAGGCGGUUUUCUCAUCAGCAGUCACUGGUGGACGCAUCACCGACAUCAGGGACAUCGCCAACCCCAACCACCGGGUCAGUAGUCUGGUACAGCCGGUUCGGUUCGUGGAUGCUUUCACUGAGAUGGUUCUGGGAGAUCCGGAUAAUCGGACGGGCAGGAGUGUCGAGGUGUUGCUCGAGGUUGGCCCACAUACGGCACUAGGAAGCCCUAUCCACGAGAUCUUAACUCUGUCCGAAUUUAAAGGCACUGAGCUUCCAUACUGGGGCUUUCUAGUACGUGACCAGCAUGUAGGCGACAGUAUCCGAUCUGCCGCCAUCAACUUGUUUUCUCGAGGCCAACCUCUAGCCAUGAACCAGAUCAACUUCCCGGUGCCUGCGUAUGACGACGAGAGCCCCCGAGUCUUGACAGACUUGCCGUCUUAUCCCUGGAACCAUAGUAUACGUCACUGGCAAGAAUCAAGAGUCAACCGGGCCAUUCAUGAACGUAGCGAGCCACCUCAUGAACUGCUCGAUAUGCCCGUCGGUGGCAACGACCCCAGCACAGCCGUUUGGCGCCGCAUGUUGCGGGUUAGCGAAACUCCUUGGAAGCCUGCACUCAUGAUUUCGGUCCACCAGAUGUGA